GUGUAGUUCUUCGCUACCUCGAACCUCGGUGCGGUAGGAUAGCUCCGCAUUCAUCACCAGCAAGCAGCACUGGAUCAUGUCGAGCUUCAAUCUUCAUCAACAAUAUGACAGCGUGGGAGAAGAUAGGUCUGCGCAAGCGGGCUGAGCGCGCUGCAAAGAUCCCACAUCAAUGGCGCCUCCCUGAUAACGUGAUCCCAAAGUCGAGCGACGGCCGGCAUUCCGUGCUCCACGUACCUCGCGAAUGCGGGCUGUUGACAGACCAUGAAUUGGAUAUUACGGAGAAUUAUGAUGCGACGGCAUUGAGUGUAGCUAUUAAGGAGAGGAGGCUGAAGUGUGUGGAUGUCACGAGAGCGUUCUGUAAAAGAGCCGCAAUUGCGCAGCAGCUCACGAAUUGCCUCACAGAGAUACUCUUCUCUGAAGCUCUUGUGCGAGCGAAAGCUCUUGAUGCCCAUCUUGACGAGGGCAAGCCGCCGCUUAGUGCCCUUCAUGGCAUUCCCAUAUCGCUCAAAGACUCUUUCAAGAUUCCAGGCGUAGAUGCCUCCAUUGGUAUAGCAGCACUCUGCUUUGAAGCCUCCUCCAAGCCGUCAUCUCUGGUUGAGAUACUGCUCAAAGCAGGUGCUGUGUUAUACUGCAAGACUAACGUCCCACAGACUCUCGGCGCCUUAGACUCAUUCAAUAACGUCUUCGGUCGGACCCUCAACCCACAUAAUGCAGCAGUAACGGCAGGAGGCAGUACUGGAGGCGAAGGUGCACUCAUUGCCUUGCGUGGCAGUGUCUUGGGAGUCGGUACAGAUGCUGGAGGAAGCAUCCGUAUUCCAGCUAUGGUAAACGGCAUAUACGGCGUAAAGCCUAGCUGGCAGCGUAUACCAUACUACGGCCAAGAAAGCGGCAAUCUUGACGGGCAUGUCAAAGUCGGCAUGGCUGCUAGCGCUGGGCCUCUUGCUGUAUCCUUUCGCGAUUGCGAGCUCUUCUUGCACACUGUCGUAGAUCUUGAGCCGUGGCUCGUUGACUCAGACGUCAUUCCUGGGCCAUGGUCCAGCCUCAUUCCUCUCUCAUCGCCCAAGAUUACUGUCGGUCUCAUCAUGACAGACGGUUUGAUCACACCUCACCCGCCGGUGACCCGUACUCUUCGAGAAGCAGCAUCUGCUCUCACCACGUCCGGAAUACACGUCGUUGAGCUCGAUGUCGCACCCCUAUUUUCUAAGUGUCAGGCACUUGCCAACAGACUCAUGGGUGUCGGUGGAAACAAUCACAUGUUUGAUCUGCUCGAGCGCACAAAAGAGCCUCUUCAUCCAUGGCUUGUGUCGCGCAUGAAACGGCACCCAGCGAUUCCCACAGACAAAGCGGUCGCGCUACAUGGAGCACGAGAGGCGAUGCAGCGGGCAUGGUUGCAGGUCUGGGCAGGAGAGCAACCUGGCAAGCCCAAGAUCGAUGUGCUGCUAUGUCCAGUAGCACCUCACGCACCACCAGAGAUCGACCGCUGGAACGCGACGAGUUAUUGCAGCACGUUCAACAUGUUGGACUACCCGGCAGGAACGAUUCCAGUUCGGAUCUUCGAGCCAGAGGAUGUGCAGGGAGAACUGCCGACGACUCAGCCCAUUGGAAGCUGGGACAAGGCAAAUAGGGCACUUUGGAAUGAGACGGAUCGAUCAGUGUAUAUAGGUACACCGUUGUGCGUGCAGGUAGUAGCACCUAAUCUACAGGAAAGGAGGCUGUGUGAAGCGAUGAGAAUCAUUGAUGAUGCAGUACGAACGAAGUAUGGGCCUCUCCAUAAGGCAAAGAGGCCCACGAAGUUAUAAGAAGGUAAUGAAAUACAUAGUUCUAGCUCUGAAUGGAUUCAAAAAUGAUACCCU